UGAACUAUUGUUUUGGAGGUGGGUGAUCACUUGAAAUAAAAUUUAAUUUUUGUUAGUUAAUGUCCUCAAUUUCGCCGCAAUGGACAGCAAAGGACGACAAGUAGUUGUUUGCGAUAACGGAACCGGGUUUGUAAAAUGCGGAUUUGGUGGCACUAACUUUCCAACUCACAUCUUCCCAUCUCUGGUUGGCAGGCCAAUACUCAGGUCCAAAGCUAAAAUAGGAAACAUCGUCGUUAAAGAUUUAAUGAUUGGAGAUGAGGCCAGUGAGCUUAGAUCGAUGUUAGAAGUUUCCUACCCAAUGGAAAAUGGGAUUGUGAGAAACUGGGAUGACAUGAUAGCCCUCUACAAAUACACAUUCGGCCCUGACAAACUGAACAUCGACCCAACCAACUGUAAGAUCUUGCUGACAGAACCUCCCAUGAAUCCGCUGAAAAAUAGGGAAAAAAUGGCAGAGGUGAUGUUCGAGCAGUUUAACUUUCAAGCGAUAUACAUAGCCAUCCAGGCAGUUUUAACUUUGUAUGCGCAAGGCCUACUGACCGGUGUGGUAGUUGAUUCGGGAGAUGGAGUGACCCACAUAUGUCCAGUCUAUGAUGGCUAUGCCCUCCCACACCUCACCAAACGAUUGGAUAUUGCUGGCCGUGAUAUCACUCGAUACUUGAUCAAGCUGCUGUUACUCAGAGGUUAUGCCUUCAACCAUUCUGCGGACUUCGAGACUGUUCGCAUAAUGAAAGAGAAGUUGUGUUAUGUGGGCUACGACAUCGAAUUGGAGCAAAAACUGGCUCUGGAGACAACCGUGCUCGUCGAGCAGUACACCUUACCAGAUGGCAGGGUGAUAAAGGUUGGAGGGGAGAGAUUUGAAGCCCCUGAGGCACUGUUCCAGCCGCACCUCAUCAACGUUGAGGGCGUUGGCAUUGCUGAACUCCUGUUCAACACUAUACAAGCAGCCGACAUAGACACGAGACCAGACUUCUACAAACACAUCGUGCUGUCCGGCGGCUCGACCAUGUACCCCGGUCUGCCAAGUAGAUUGGAGAGGGAGAUGAAACAGCUAUACUUGGAGAGGGUCCUCAAGGGAGAUACUGAAAGAUUAACGAAAUUCAAAAUCCGGAUCGAGGACCCACCACGCAGGAAGCACAUGGUCUUCAUGGGUGGAGCAGUCCUGGCGAAGAUCAUGAAGGACAAGGAGGACUUCUGGAUGACCAGGCAGGAAUACCAGGAGCAGGGAGUCAGAGUCCUGAGCAAGUUAUCUCCUAGCAGUCGUUAAAGAUUCAAACUUUCAUACAUAUAUACCCUGUGUGUAUGUAUGUGUGCACACCUUUGUAUGUAUGUGUAUAUGUGUGUAUAUUUAUGCGUGUGUGUGUGUGUACGCGCGUAUGUCUCUGUAUACAUACUUUCCUGUUUGUAUCUUAUCUGUGUAGGUAUGUACACAUGCACGUGUGUAUAGGUGUAUGAUUGUAUUUGCACGCUUGUACCAGUAUGUAUGUAUAAGCGCGCGCGUCUGCGUGUAUGUGUGUGGUGAUGUGUGUACGUGCGCGUGUGUGUAUUGGGAUUAGGCUGCAUGCUGAAAAUUUGAUAAUUUGGAUUUUGUUAAAUUAUACAUUUUUGAAUUUUUUCAGUUUCUAACGACAUAUGAUAAUAUUCGGUGAUGGUGGUUAUAGAAUGGUGGUGAUGGUUUUGAUGGUGAUGGAAGUGGUGAUGAUGACGACGAUGAUGUUGAUGAUGAUGACGAUGAUGAUCAUAGGGAUUAGGUUGUUAUUACAUUCUCAUGCAAGCUUAUUAUUAACUCUAAGCCAAUAGAUACAUACCUACACACAUACGUACGCAUACACACACACACACAUACACACUUAUAAAUACAUGCAAACAUUUUGUCUUUAUUACUAUUAUUGUUAUUAUUUAUUAUUGAAAAUUUAAUUUGUAAAUUAUUUACGAAGCGUUUUGUUAUCUCAUAUACAUAUAUAUUCCUACAAUAAGACGUUUGGGUUUAUCAGUUUAAAUUUGAAAAGUUUUUCAAUUUAAAAUGAUAUUAAGAAUAAUAAUAAUAAUUAAAAUAAUAAUAAGAAUAAUAGGAAUAAUAUGUGAUAAAAUAAAUAUUAAUGAUAGAAAUUUGAGAUGUUUUUAUUAGUUUUUUUUAAAAUUCCUGGGUUCAGCCACUUGUAUUUAUUACUAAAAAAAUCAUUUUUAUAGUUAAAUCAUAUAUCUAUAUAAGUUAUUUGUUUAUAUAAAUAAAUAACUUAUUAUUAAAAAUGAAUUGUUUUUAUGUAAUAAGGAUUUUUCAACUGAAUCUGUAACAGUUAAAUGUUGACUGAAUGACGAUGAUAGUUAAGUUAACACUAUAAUAAUAAUAAUAAUAAUAAUAAUAUGGAUGUGACCUUGACAUUGAAUUGAAUGUAACCUUGACAUUCCCCGUUUUACUAUUUCGCUGCUCUUUUCUCGUAAUUAUUAAGUAAUAAAUUAGGUCUCCUCUAAGAA